AGGGCUGAAAGGUGCUGGGAGGUGCCAGGUUUAAAUGUGAGGAGGUGGGAAGUGAAGCUGGUCGGGACCAGAGAGGCUGGAGGAGCUGACACUCAUCAAGUCCAGAGAAGUCUACAGUUGAGAAAACUAAGGAAAACAGAAGUCAAGUGCCACGUCCAGCUGGAAGUGAGCACUGCUUGAGAGAAGUCUGCAGCACGUGGACAUGGACGUGGGACGUGUCUCGACUGCCACCAGCACUAUGAAUGGAGACUCGGCCAUUUUGGUCAAUGGCACUGGAACACUUCAAGGCCCCAAGGCCUUGAAGACCAUGCCUAAGUCUGUCUCUUCUGAACCCAGGAUGGAAUUUCCUAUGACUUCCCAUAAUGGGGAGACCUAUCCCCAGCAGAGAGGUCCCAUUGCUGGGGUGUACUUGGAGGCCUCAGCCCAGCCCCUGAGCCUCUACGAAGCCACACAGCAGAGCCUUCUCCCAGCCAAGCUGGGACUGGCUCUUCUUGAAGCUCAGGCAGCCACUGGGGGCCUCAUUGACCCCACUCAAGGUCAGCUGCUCCCUGUGGCUGAGGCUGUGAGACAGGGGCUGGUAGGCCUGGAGCUGAAAGAGAAGCUGCUCACAGCUGAGCAAGCCCUCACUGGCUACCCCGACCCCUAUGGUCCAGGGAAGCUGCCCCUCUUCCAGGCUCUCCACAAGGAAGUUGUGGCCAGGAGUUCAGGCCUGAGUUGGCUGGAAGCCCAGCUGGCCACAGGGGGCAUAAUAGACCCUGCUCAGGGAGGUCGUGUCCCACUGGAACUUGCCUACCAGAGGGGCCUCCUGGAUGAGGAGACAGGCCGCAGCUUGUCUGACCCCACAGCUGAUGGAGCCCGGGCCUUCUCUGACCCCAACACUCAGGAGCCACUCACCUACCAAGAGCUUAGGAGCAGGUGUGUGCUGAACCCUGCCACAGGGCUGGCCCUGCUCUCGCUCAAGAUCACCUUCCCGGCCCUGGGAGGGAUGGUGAGCAGCGAACAGCUUCUGGAGGCUGGCAUCCUGUCCAGGGAGGUGUUUGAGGACUUGAGGGAGGGGAGGCUACUUGUGCCUGAGGUGAGGGCCCGGGAAGAAGUGCAGCGUUACUUGGAGGGAAUGGGCAGUGUGGUUGGGGUCCUCUUGCUGUCCACAGGCCAGAAGAGGAGUGUCUACCAGGCCCUGAUGGAGCACCUCCUUCCCCUGGGCACUGCCCUUGCCCUCCUCCAGGCUCAGGCUGCUACCCAUUCCCUCAUGGACCCUGCCAGUGAAAAGAAGAUGGGGCUGGAUGAAGCUGUUAGAGCUGGACUCGUGGGGCCUGAGUUCCGGGAGAAACUCUUGGUAGCAGAGCGGGCAGUGACUGGGUACCCAGAUCCCUUCAGCAGGGGCCUCAUCCCCCUCUUUCAAGCCAUGAGAAAGGGGCUGGUCCAGAAGGAGCUGGCAUUACGGCUUCUAGAGGCCCAGCUGGCCACGGGGGGCAUCGUUGAUCCUGUUAGGAAACACCGGCUGCCACUGGAGACUGCGUUUCAAUGGGAUUGUUUAGAUAAGGAGACAUUUGCCAGUCUCUCCCAACCUACUGGCUUCUUUGACCCCAACACCCAGGAGAACCUCACCUAUGAGCAGCUGUUAGUCCGCUGUGUCACUGAUCCAGAGACUGGCUCCCUCCUCCUGCCCCUCAUGGGGGGAGAUCAUAGAGGGCAUCCAGAAGGACGCCGGUUCAUUGACCAUGCCACCCAGGAGGGCCUGAGGAAGGCUACAGUGGUUGCUACGUCAGGGAAGCUCAAAGGACAAAGGGUGUCUCUCUGGAAGCUGCUCUUCUCAGACGUCAUCCCAGCAGAGCAGAGAGCUGCCCUGGCCCAUCAGUACCAGGAGGGAACACUCUCAACAGAGAUGCUGGCAUCUCAGCUCAGCGCCACCAUCGACCAGGCUGCUGCCGCUUCCCGGGUCACCUUCAAAGGCCUGAGGGAUCGCGUGACACCGAGGGAGCUUCUUAAGUCAGAGAUCAUCAGUCAGGAGCUGUAUGAGAAGCUGGAGCAGGGACAAACAACAGCACAGGACGUGGGGGGCCUUGACUCCGUCAGGAAGUACCUGCAAGGGACGGGAUGCAUCAGUGGCCUGCUCCUGCCCGACUCCCAGGAGAAGAUCAGUAUCUACGAGGCCAGGAGGAAGGGCUACCUGAGACCGGGGACAUCCCUCAUUCUUUUGGAGGCCCAGGCAGCCACAGGUUUUGUUAUUGACCCUAAGGAGAACAAGAGAUACUCUGUGGAGGAUGCCCUCCGGGCCAAUGUCAUCGGACCUGAUGUUUAUGAAAAGCUACUGUCAGCUGAGAGAGCAGUGACGGGUUACGUGGACCCAUAUACAGGAGACAGGCUCUCCUUGUUCCAGGCCAUGAACAAAGAUCUCAUUAUUAGGGACCAUGGCAUCCGCUUGCUGGAGGCCCAGAUUGCCACAGGUGGUAUCAUCGACCCUGUGCACAGCCACCGGCUCCCUGUGGAGGUGGCUUACAAGCGUGGCUACUUUGACCGGACGAUGAACCUGAUCUUAUCUGACCCCUCAGAUGACACCAAAGGCUUCUUUGACCCCAAUACGCAUGAGAAUCUCACCUACCUGCAGCUGUUGGAAAAGUGUGUGACAGAGCCGGCCACUGGUCUUUGCCUCCUGCCACUCAAUAGCCGGAAGCCCCAGCUGGUGAAUGAAGCCACCCGCCAGGCUUUCCGGAACUCGCUUCUGCUGGUGAAGUACGGCAGGUUCAAAGGUCAAAGGGUCUCCGCAUGGGACCUGAUCAACUCUGAGUACUUCAGGGAGGGACAGAGGAGGGAGAUUCUGACCCACUACAGGCUGCAGAAGGUAACCCUGGAGCAGAUUGUGCGGAGAUUAGAGGAAGAGAUGAAAAAGUGGGCAGGCAUCACCCUGCCCACUCUCCGGGGUUGUGUCACUGCUUACCAGCUCCUGGAGUCUCACAUCAUUGACCGUGACCUCCUAGAGAAGGUACUGGAAGGGAGGGUGAGCACUGAGGAGCUCUUGAAGGUGGAGUCAGUCCACAGGUACCUCCUUGGCUUGGGUACCAUUGGGGGAGUCCUCCUGCAGCCUUCUAACCAGAGGCUCAGUCUCUAUGAAGCCAUGAAACAGAAACUGUUGGGACCUGGAGUGGCUCUUCCUCUCCAAGCCCAGGCUGCAACUGGCUCCAUCAUCGACCCUGUGACCCACGAGAAGCUGUCUGUGGACGAUGCUGUGCGAAAGGGAUUGGUGGGGCCAGAGCUCCAUGAGAAGCUACAUUAUGCUGAGGAGGCAGUGACAGGCUUCACCGAUCCCUUCACAGGCAAGAAGGUUUCCCUUUUCCAGGCCAUGAAGAAAGGUCUGGUCCCUUCUCAGCAGGCCGUGCAGCUCCUAGAGGCCCAGGUAGCUACUGGGGGCAUCAUUGACCCCAACAGCCACCACCAUGUCCCCAUGGAAGUGGCCGCCCAGAGGGGUUACAUUGAUGAGGAGAUGGAGAGGACGCUUUCUGGAGCCUCCCCUGCCACCAUCCAAACGUUCUCUACAGUGGAUGGGAGUGAGAGCCUCAGCUAUGCCCAACUCAUGGAGAGUUGUCAACAGGAUGCAGCUUCUGGCUGUCAUCUGCUGCCUCUGCUCCAAACAGCAGCUCCCAUCCCCACAGAUGAACAAAUUCAACAGAUCUUCCAGGGCACACUGGUGACUGAGAAGGAUAUCUCCCUCUGGGACUUGCUCUGCUCUGGGCACUUCACUGAGGAUCACAGGGCAGCCUUCUUGGAAGACUUCCGGCUGGGGAGGAUGACGGUCCAGGAAAUCGUAGCUGCCGCUCUGAAGCAAGUAAGAGAGGCUGAGCUGCAGGCGCAGACCCACAUCAUGCUACCAGGCCUACGGGGGGAUGUCCCUGCUGUCUGGCUGCUGGACACGGGAAUAAUUGACCUGGAGACACUGGAGGGACUGGUUCGAGGGACACAGUCACCAAGCGAGGUUGCCGAGAGACCAGAGGUGAAACGCUACUUACAGGGGACAGGGUGCAUUGCUGGGGUCCAGGUGGAAGGAUCCGAGGCCAAGAUGGGCAUCUACGAGGCCACGAAGAGCAACUUGCUUCCCUCUGGCCUGGGGCUGAGGCUACUGGAGGCCCAGCUGGCUGCAGGCUCACUUGUCGACCCACAGAACAACAAGAAGCUGUCUGUGGAAGAAGCGGUCAAGACUGGGGUGAUUGGGGGAGAGCUGAGUGAGCGGCUUACUCAAGUAGAGCGAGCAGCAACUGGCUAUAGCGAUCCCUACACAGGCAGCACCAUCUCUGUUUGGCAGGCCAUGGGCAAGGGGCUCAUUGACCAGAGCGAGGGCUUGCUCCUUCUGCAAGUGCAACUGGCUACAGGGGGCAUUGUAGACCCUCUCCACCACCUGCACCUACCCCUGCCAACUGCCUGUAGGCUUGGCUUCUUAGAUGAGGAGACAGGUCAGGCUCUAGCCAAGACCACCGGAGAUAAGAAAUUUUUCUUUGACCCUAACACCCGUGAUAAGGUGACAUAUCAAGAGUUAAAGGACAGGUGCAUCUUGGACUCUGAGACGAGCCUAUGGCUGCUACCUCUUUCCCAGAGGGUGGCAUUGGAUGUAGAUGACCACACCAUCAUGGCUCUGAAAGCCAUGACAGUCCCUGUCAAGGUGGGGAGGUUCAAAGGCCAAAGUGUGUCACUAUGGGACCUACUCCACUCCGAGUAUGUCAGUGCUGACAAGCAGAAGGAGUUGGUAGACCUGGGUCUCGGAAGAGCUGCAGCUCUACACCAGGUGGUCACAGAUGUCACUGUCCUCAUUGAGAAGACAGAGCAGAAGGCCAAGCAGAUCACGUUCCCCGGCCUCAGGAAGCAGGUGUCAGCCAAUGACCUGUUCAGAUCCCAGCUGAUCGAUAAGAAAACACUGGAUGAUCUGAACCAGGGGAAAAAAACAGUGCAUGAAGUGACUGAGAUGGAGGGUGUGAAGCAGUUUUUGAAGGGGAGCAACUUCAUAGCUGGAGUCCUCAUCCAGGGCACAAAGGAGAGGCUGAGCAUCUAUGAUGCCACGAGGCACAUACUGAGGCCUGGCACAGCCCUGGUGUUGCUAGAGGCCCAGGCUGCCACUGGUUUCAUCAUCGACCCUGUCCAGAACAAGAAGAUGUCUGUAGAGCAAGCAUUAUCAGCUGGGCUAAUCGGAAGGGAAGUAUAUGAGAAACUUCUGAGUGCUGAGAAGGCAGUGACUGGGUAUGUGGAGCCCUACACCAAUAAACAAAUUUCCCUCUUUGAAGCUAUGAAUAAGGGACUCAUCUUAAAGUCCCACGCCAUCCGCCUUUUAGAGGCCCAGAUUGCUACAGGUGGUAUCAUCGACCCCGUGCACAGCCACCGCGUGCCCGUGGAUGUGGCCUACCAGCGUGGCUACUUUGAUGAGGAGAUGAACCAGAUCCUGUCUGACCCCUCGGAUGACACCAAGGGCUUCUUUGACCCCAACACCCAUGAGAACCUCACCUACCUGCAGUUAUUGGAGAGGUGUAUUCAAGAGUCAGAAACUGGGCUCUAUAUGUUGCAGAUAGUACAGAAAGGAGAGAGGUACAUUUAUAUAGAUGAGGCCACAGAACAGCUGCUGCGAUCCAGAACCACCAAAGUGCCCACUGGAAAGUUUGUCAACCAGACUGUUUCCAUCUGGGACUUGCUUUCAUCACAGUAUUUCACGCAGCAGAAAAAGAGAGAUCUACUCAGACAGUUCAAAUCAAAGACUCUGCAUCUGGAGCAACUCUUGGAAAUUAUCAUGAAUACAAUUGAGGAAAGUGAAACACAGAACCAAGCAAUUAAGGUGAAAGGAAUCCGUGGGGAUGUGACAGCAGCUGAGCUGUUCAACUCUGGGAUCAUUGAUGGGAAAAUCCUUGCUGGACUUCCAAAGGGAAAAAAAGCAGCAGAAAAACUUAGCCAAGUAGAAAUAGUGAAAAGAUACAUGGAAGGGACAGGCUGCAUUGCUGGGGUGCUGAUGCCAUCGACAAAGGAGAAAAUAAGUAUCUAUGAGGCUAUGAAGAGAGAAGUGAUGCCCAGGCCAAUUGGGAUUCAGCUUCUACAGGCUCAGGCUGCCACGGGCUUCAUCAUCAACCCUCUACAGAACCAGAGACUGUCUGUGAAGGAAGCUGUGGUUGCAGGCCUACUAGGUGAGGAGGUACAGGAAGACCUCCAGGAUGCAGAGAAGGCGGUCACUGGCUAUCAUGACCCAGACACAGGGGAACGGAUCUCCCUUUACAAGGCCAUGAAGAAAGCUAUAGUAGAAAAAGAGGCAGCUAUGAGGAUGCUGGAAGCACAAGUGGGCACAGGGGGAGUAAUUGACCCAAAACACGGCUACCGUCUCCCCACAGACGUGGCCUAUGAGCGUGGGUGCUUGGACCCUGAAACAUACACCUUACUGUCAAACAGGAAGCAUGGAAGCAAAAGGUUCCAGGAUCCUAAUACACAUGAAAAGGUGAAUUAUGCAGAACUCCAUUCAAGGUGCAUAAAGGACCAAAGAACAGGACUGGCUCUGCUUCCCAUAGUAAAGGAUGAAAAGAAUUACAAGCACAUUGAAGAAGUCACCGAGAAGGCACUGAAGGCAGAAAUGGUAAUAGUGGAAAAGGGGAAGUAUAAGGGCAGAAAGAUGUCAGUGUGGGACCUGCUUUGCUCAGAAUAUGUCACAGAAGAAAAGAAACAAGAAUUAGUGAACAGGUACAGGCAGGAAACAUCAAAGGCAUUAGAAAAUAUUGUGAAAAUAAUAUGGGAAUUAAUUGAAGAAAAAGAAAAAAACAGAAAGGAGGUAUGGUUCAAAGGACUGAGAAAACAAGUAACAGCUUCUGAACUUUUCAAAGCAGAUAUCAUUAAUAAACAUAUGUUGGAAGAAUUGGAGAAAGGACAAAAAAGAGUAACAGACAUCGCUGGAAAAGAAAGAGUGAAAAAGUACCUGGAGGGGACCAGCUGCAUCGCGGGCGUCCUGGUGCCCUCCAAGGCGGACCCGGCCAAGCAGGAGAAGAUGAGCAUCUACCAGGCCAUGUGGAAGGGCAUCCUGAGGCCCGGCACGGCGCUGGUGCUGCUGGAGGCCCAGGCCGCCACGGGCUUCGUCAUCGACCCGCUGCGCAACCAGAAGCUGUCCGUGGACGAGGCCGUGGCCGCAGGCGUGGUGGGCGGGGAGAUCCAGGAGAAGCUGCUGUCCGCGGAGAAGGCCGUCACCGGCUACACGGACCCCUACACAGGAGAGCAGAUCUCCCUCUUCCAGGCCAUGAAGAGGGACCUCAUCGUCAAGGAGCACGGCGUGAGGCUGCUGGAGGCCCAGAUCGCCACGGGCGGGGUCAUCGACCCCGUGCACAGCCACCGCGUGCCGGUGGAGGUGGCCUACCAGCGCGGCUACUUUGACGAGGAGAUGAACCAGAUCCUGUCUGACCCCUCGGACGACACCAAGGGCUUCUUUGACCCCAACACCCACGAGAACCUCACCUACAUGCAGCUGCUGCGCAGGUGCGUCCGCGACCCCGACACCGGCCUCUACAUGUUGCAGCUGGCGGACACGGGCUCCGCCGUGUCCCAGCUGAGCGAGCAGAUGCGCCGCGCCCUGCAGGCCGCCUCGCUCACCGUCCACGGGGGCCUGUUCCGGGGCCAGACCGUGUCUGUGUGGGAGCUCCUGUUCUGCAGGGACGUGCCCGAGAGCAAGAGGCAGGCGCUGCUGAGGAAGUACCGGGCGGGCACCCUGUCCAUGGAGGAGCUCACCAGCACCCUCACCAGCCUGGUGAUGGAGGCCGGGGACCAGCGUGACGCCCGCACGCUCAGCUCAGGGCAGCGCACCUCCUCCCGGGAAGGCCUGCGCCCCCGCGGCAGGCUGCAGGCCGCCACCAUGGAGGUGGAGGUCGGCCACUUGAGGGGGCGGAAGGUCCCCGUCUGGGACGUGCUGGUGUCCACCUACGUCACCGAGGUCACCCGGGAGGACCUCCUGACCCAGUACGACUCGGGGGCCCUGCCCCUGCCCGCUCUGAUGCGCAGGCUCACCACCAUCAUCGAAGAGGCGGAAGGGGUGCCGCAGGAGAGAGAAGCCCGUCCAGAUGGGGGCGGGCGGUCUGGGGGAGGCCCCAGCAGCGGCGGCGGCCUGCAGGAAGCCCUGGCGGGCCCAGGCGGGGCGGAUGUGGACGCGGAGGACGCCCGCCGCCGCGAGGAAGCUCUCGGGGCCCUGAGGACCACCGCGAUGGAGGUGAAGGUCGGACAGUUCAAGGGGCAGAAGGUGCCCGUGCGGGACGUGCUCUUCUCCACCUACCUGACCGAGGCCAGGAGGGAGGAGCUCAUGGCGCAGCACGCCUCUGGCGCCCUGACCCUGCAGGCCCUCAUCGCCACCCUCACCACCAUCAUCGAGGAGACGGAGGAGAAGCUGAGCAAGGUGUCUUUCAGGGGCCUGAGGAGGCAGGUGUCGGCCUCUGAGCUGCGCACCUCCAACAUCCUGGGCCCGGACACGCUGCGGGAGCUGGCCCAGGGCACCAAGAGCCUGCAGGAGGUCACGGAGAUGGACUCAGUCAAGAGGUACCUGGAGGGGACCAGCUGCAUCGCGGGCGUCCUGGUGCCCUCCAAGGCGGACCCGGCCAAGCAGGAGAAGAUGAGCAUCUACCAGGCCAUGUGGAAGGGCAUCCUGAGGCCCGGCACGGCGCUGGUGCUGCUGGAGGCCCAGGCCGCCACGGGCUUCGUCAUCGACCCGCUGCGCAACCAGAAGCUGUCCGUGGACGAGGCCGUGGCCGCAGGCGUGGUGGGCGGGGAGAUCCAGGAGAAGCUGCUGUCCGCGGAGAAGGCCGUCACCGGCUACACGGACCCCUACACAGGAGAGCAGAUCUCCCUCUUCCAGGCCAUGAAGAGGGACCUCAUCGUCAAGGAGCACGGCGUGAGGCUGCUGGAGGCCCAGAUCGCCACGGGCGGGGUCAUCGACCCCGUGCACAGCCACCGCGUGCCGGUGGAGGUGGCCUACCAGCGCGGCUACUUUGACGAGGAGAUGAACCAGAUCCUGUCUGACCCCUCGGACGACACCAAGGCUUCUUUACCCAACACCCACGAGAACCUCACCUACAUGCAGCUGCUGCGCAGGUGCGUCCGCGACCCCGACACCGGCCUCUACAUGUUGCAGCUGGCGGACACGGGCUCCGCCGUGUCCCAGCUGAGCGAGCAGAUGCGCCGCGCCCUGCAGGCCGCCUCGCUCAGUCCACGGGGCCUGUUCCGGGGCCAGACCGUGUCUGUGUGGGAGCUCCUGUUCUGCAGGGACGUGCCCGAGAGCAAGAGGCAGGCGCUGCUGAGGAAGUACCGGGCGGGCACCCUGUCCAUGGAGGAGCUCACCAGCACCCUCACCAGCCUGGUGAUGGAGGCCGGGGACCAGCGUGACGCCCGCACGCUCAGCUCAGGGCAGCGCACCUCCUCCCGGGAAGGCCUGCGCCCCCGCGGCAGGCUGCAGGCCGCCACCAUGGAGGUGGAGGUCGGCCACUUGAGGGGGCGGAAGGUCCCCGUCUGGGACGUGCUGGUGUCCACCUACGUCACCGAGGUCACCCGGGAGGACCUCCUGACCCAGUACGACUCGGGGGCCCUGCCCCUGCCCGCUCUGAUGCGCAGGCUCACCACCAUCAUCGAAGAGGCGGAAGGGUGCCGCAGGAGGAGAAGCCCGUCCAGAUGGGGCGGGCGGUCUGGGGGAGGCCCCAGCAGCGGCGGCGGCCUGCAGGAAGCCCUGGCGGGCCCAGGCGGGGCGGAUGUGGACGCGGAGGACGCCCGCCGCCGCGAGGAAGCUCUCGGGGCCCUGAGGACCACCGCGAUGGAGGUGAAGGUCGGACAGUUCAAGGGGCAGAAGGUGCCCGUGCGGGACGUGCUCUUCUCCACCUACCUGACCGAGGCCAGGAGGGAGGAGCUCAUGGCGCAGCACGCCUCUGGCGCCCUGACCCUGCAGGCCCUCAUCGCCACCCUCACCACCAUCAUCGAGGAGACGGAGGAGAAGCUGAGCAAGGUGUCUUUCCGGGGCCUGAGGAGGCAGGUGUCGGCCUCUGAGCUGCGCACCUCCAACAUCCUGGGCCCGGACACGCUGCGGGAGCUGGCCCAGGGCACCAAGAGCCUGCAGGAGGUCACGGAGAUGGACUCAGUCAAGAGGUACCUGGAGGGGACCAGCUGCAUCGCGGGCGUCCUGGUGCCCUCCAAGGCGGACCCGGCCAAGCAGGAGAAGAUGAGCAUCUACCAGGCCAUGUGGAAGGGCAUCCUGAGGCCCGGCACGGCGCUGGUGCUGCUGGAGGCCCAGGCCGCCACGGGCUUCGUCAUCGACCCGCUGCGCAACCAGAAGCUGUCCGUGGACGAGGCCGUGGCCGCAGGCGUGGUGGGCGGGGAGAUCCAGGAGAAGCUGCUGUCCCGCGGAGAAGGCCGUCACCGGCUACACGGACCCUACACAGGAGAGCAGAUCUCCCUCUUCCAGGCCAUGAAGAGGGACCUCAUCGUCAAGGACCACGGGCUGAGGCUGCUGGAGGCCCAGAUCGCCACGGGCGUCAUCGACCCCGUGCACAGCCACCGCGUGCCGGUGGAGGUGGCCUACCAGCGCGGCACUUUGACAGGAGAUGAACAGAUCCUGUCUGACCCCUCGGACGACACAGGCUUCUUUGACCCCAACACCCACGAGAACCUCACCUACAUGCAGCUGCUGCGCAGGUGCGUCCGCGACCCCGACGGCCUCUACAUGUUGCAGCUGGCGGACACGGGCUCCGCCGUUCCAGCUGAGCGAGCAGAUGCGCCGCGCCCUGCAGGCCGCCUCGCUCACCCACGGGGGCCUGUUCCGGGCCAGACCGUGUCUGUGUGGGAGCUCCUGUUCUGCAGGGACGUGCCCGAGAGCAAGAGGCAGGCGCUGCUGAGGAAGUGGGCGGGCACCCUGUCCAUGGAGGAGCUCACCAGCACCCUCACCAGCCUGUGAUGGAGGCCGGGGACCAGCGUGACGCCCGCACGCUCAGCUCAGCAGCGCACCUCCUCCCGGGAAGGCCUGCGCCCCCGCGGCAGGCUGCAGGCCGCCACCAUGGAGGUGGAGGUCGGCCACUUGAGGGGCGGAAGCCCCGUCUGGGACGUGCUGGUGUCCACCUACGUCACCGAGGUCAACCCGGAGGACCUCCUGACCCAGUACGACUCGGCCCUGCCCCUGCCCGCUCUGAUGCGCAGGCUCAACAUCAUCGAAGAGGCGGAAGGGGUGCCGCAGGAGAGAGAAGCCCGUCCGAUGGGGGCGGGCGGUCUGGGGGAGGCCCCAGCAGCGGCGGCGGCCUGCAGGAAGCCCUGGCGGGCCCAGGCGGGGCGGAUGUGGACGCGGAGGACGCCCGCGCGCGAGGAAGCUCUCGGGGCCCUGAGGACCACCGCGAUGGAGGUGAAGGUCGGACAGUUCAAGGGGCAAGUGCCCGUGCGGGACGUGCUCUUCUCCACCUACCUGACCGAGGCCAGGAGGGAGGAGCUCAUGGCGCAGCACGCCUCUGGCGCCCUGACCCCAGGCCUCAUCGCCACCCUCACCACCAUCAUCGAGGAGACGGAGGAGAAGCUGAGCAAGGUGUCUUCGGGCCUGAGGAGGCAGGUGUCGGCCUCUGAGCUGCGCACCUCCAACAUCCUGGGCCCGGACACGCUGCGGGAGCUGGCAGGCACCAAGAGCCUGCAGGAGGUCACGGAGAUGGACUCAGUCAAGAGGUACCUGGAGGGGACCAGCUGCAUCGCGGGCGUCCUGGUGCCCUCCAGCGGACCCGGCCAAGCAGAGAAGAUGAGCAUCUACCAGGCCAUGUGGAAGGGCAUCCUGAGGCCCGGCACGGCGCUGGUGCUGCUGGAGGCCCAGGCCGCCACGGGCUUCGUCAUCGACCCGCUGCGCAACCAGAAGCUGUCCGUGGACGAGGCCGUGGCCGCAGGCGUGGUGGGCGGGGAGAUCCAGGAGAAGCUGCUGUCCGCGGAGAAGGCCGUCACCGGCUACACGGACCCCUACACAGGAGAGCAGAUCUCCUCUUCCAGGCAUGAAGAGGGACCUCAUCGUCAAGGACACGGCGUGAGGCUGCUGGAGGCCCAGAUCGCCACGGGCGGGGUCAUCGACCCCGUACACAGCCACCGCGUGCCGGUGGAGGUGGCCUACCAGCGCGGCUACUUUGACGAGGAGAUGAACCAGAUCCUGUCUGACCCCUCGGACGACACCAAGGGCUUCUUUGACCCCAACACCCACGAGAACCUCACCUACAUGCAGCUCCUUCAGAGGUGUACCCUGGAUCCUGAUAGUGGCCUUUUUUUUCUUUCACUUAAAUAAUAUUCACUGUUUCUUAUUUUAUUGAUUUCACUUUUCAUCCUUUAAUGCCAAAAUUGUCCCCAUUUUUGUGUUUUUCUGUCUUUUUUCAUUUUCAUUUUUUUUUUCUAUUUGUACCUCAAUUUGUAUGAAGUAUUUCAUCUUCUCUACACCAGUUAUUUUUUUUUCUUGAUUAAUAUACUGAAAGACCUGCCAUGUCCCAUUUUGUAUUUUGCUUCCUCUUCACUUUCAUUUUUAUUUAAAGAACUUUUACAUGAUGCUUUGUUUUAUCAUCACACCAUGGUCCGUAUUUCUAAAAUUGCAUUCAUUUAUAUGCUUUGGUUUGAUGCUCCCCUUUAUACAUAUCUUUCCCUUUUUCCAAAACGGAGAGAAUGAGUAGGUGCUAAUCGUUUUCUUCCGUUUUCAGCUCUUUUCAUUUUAAUGUUGUCUGUUCCAUGUUUUGUUACGGCCCAGAAUUAAACAAUUAUUCCUUUUUUAUUUCCUAAGCCUGCUAUCAUGCAAAUGUCACAUUUUGUUUGCUUUUCUUACACCUGCCAAAAAAAUCCAGUUCUCUCUGCUGUUAGGAGAAGAAUAGUAUAAGGAGAUAGAAGUCAUGAUUCCAUUUUUGUUUCACUUCCCUUUUUUAGCUAUUAAAAUUUGAAUUUUUCCCUACCAAGUGUGAUGAUUUUCAUCAUUUAGUUCUUACAGAUGAUGUCCGAUUCCUUUGAAAAUAUUUAGGAAUAUCAAUAGGGUGUGCCUUCAUUAUAAAAUUUGGUGAACUUUGUUCCUGUCUGUUCUUGUUGGAUACAGUAAUGAAUCUUAGGAGUGGCAUAUUUCAGUUGAAUUGAUAUGUUUUCCAAAGAAUAUUGGGCUGUUACACCUCAUGGGAAAUAAUAAUGGCUUUGAAUAUAAUUGUAUGUCAAUUUCUAUGGAAUCAGAGAUGGAAUCCUAGACUUUUCUCUAAGGGCUUGGAAUGAAAAAGUCAGAAACAAUAGUGACAAUAAUGUA